AUGUACUCCUCUUCAGAUCGGACCAACUCGGUUGCAUAUUACAAUGGCCGAGUCUACACGGUCAACCCAACCCAACCAUGGGCCGAAGCCUUCAUUGUUUCGGCAACGGGAACGAUCGAGGCAAUCGGCCCUGAACAGGAUAUCCUCGCAAUUGCCGCAACGAGAAAUCUAAUCAGAUAUGAUCUCAGGAAACAAUUCGUGAUGCCGGGGAUUCAUGAUGCCCAUAUUCACUUGCUAAUUGCCAGCAUGCAGGCACUGAACGAGUCAUCGGUUGGAUUUGAUUCUAAUGCUUGCAAUAUUGGCGACCGACUCGAACAGGGCGUCUGUGCCUGUGCCUAUCAUAAUGUCGCGGGAGACUGGGUUGUGGGCAAUUUUUACCAGGCCAGCUUUUUCCCCGAAGGAAUCCCGGAUCGCAAAUAUCUCGAUACCAAGUAUCCCACAACACCCGUGCUGAUACGUGAAAUAUCAUGCCACCGGAUAUUGCUCGACACAGCCGGCUUGGAAAGGGCCGUCGCGGAGAACGCCAUGAGCCAGGUCUUCUCCAAAUUGCCGAUUCCACCACUGUCGCACGCAAAGAGAGCUUUGCAAUUCGGGAUGCGGAUGUGUCACCGUUAUGGGAUUACGUCCUGCCAGGAGGCCUCGGCUAAUUCGUUAUAUCUCCACGCUCUCAUGGAGCUAGAAGAGGAGAAUCGACUCGAUCUGGAUGUGUACACACACAUUGUCUGUGCCCCAGAAACCUUUGCCAUGGAGUCAAGUGAGAGUUUAGCCGCUCUAUUGGACCUGGCCGAUGGGUUUCGCAGUAAACAUGUGCACACCAACUUUGUCAAAUUCUGGCUGGAUGGAGCACCAUUGCCACCGGAGUUUACACAGUGCGAUCUGGACGUGAAUGGCCGCCCCGAAAAGAAGAAAAUGGUCGUUGAUUUGGACUUUCUCCACAGCGCAGUCCGGAAAUACGACGCACGUGGCAUGACCUGUAAACUCCAUGUUGCAGGCGAGGGCUCAACUCGGGGGGCGCUGGAAGUUUUAGAAAAGAUUCGAGCAGGUAACCCCAACGGCCCAUGGCACGAGUUAGCACAUUGCAGUGCUGUUCAUCCAGCCAUUUUCCAUGAACCGGUCGUCGACGAGAUUCCCCAUCUCCUAAAAUGGCCUUUCGACCAGAUCCUGGAAAGUGGUGCCCACAUGACAAUCGGGUCUGACUGGCUUCUGCCGGCCAAUCCGAGUCUCUUCGAUGCGCUCGCUGCGAUUGUUGAGAAACUGGAAUUUCUCCCUGGUGGGAAAAAGAGCGCAGCGAUAUUGAAAGGAAAGACUAAAAAGGAGCGAGGGGGUGAGAUCCUGUGUCGGGUCAUCACCCUCAGUGGCGCAGAGGCUGUAGGCGCACAAUACCGGGUUGGGAGCCUCGAAGUUGGAAAGACCGCGAAUUUCAUUGCCGUCGAUCGCGACCUCAGCAAGGGAGAAUUUGCCGGCGCCACGGUUCUAAAGACUUGGUUUGAAGGGCGGAUGGUGUACGAAUCUUAA